AGAGAGAGAGAUAAAAUAGCGUACGCAUCUUUAGCGUCGCCGUUGGUUUAUGUGUGUGUUUGUGUAUAAAUACCAAGUAAUAAUAAUCGUCGUUUUUAAACUUUUGUUGCUUCAUUAAGUUUGCAAAAUAGACCCAGAUCAUAACUUACUAAGUUCAAUUUUGAUUAUUACUCUUACACCAACCAGGCUAUCGACUCAAUUUCAAUGGAUAUGACUCAACAAUUGAAUGCCAAUGGUCGAGCCACAGGCCCUGGCCGUGAUGACGAUAAGAAACUUUUUGUUGGCGGUUUAGGCCGAACGAUAAGUGAAAAAGAGAUUCGUGAAUAUUUUAGUCAGUAUGGUGAAAUUGAAAACAUAAAUAUUAAAACUGAUCCAUUUUCUGGACAAUCGAGAGGGUUUGCGUUUGUGCAAUUUGUAAAUGCUAAAACAGUUGAUGAUUUACUGGCAGCUGGCGAUCACUUUAUUGCCAACAAAAAAGUUGAUCCUAAAAGGGUAACUAAAAAAGUUAAUCCGUUGCGUUGUAAAAUAUUUGUGGGUGGACUCACAUCUGAAAUGACAGAACAAGAUGUACGAAAUUAUUUUGUUCAAUUUGGUCAAAUAGCCGAAUAUCAACAACCAUUUGAUAAAAUGAAAAACCAGAAAAAGGGGUUUUGUUUCAUCACAUUUGAAGAUUCUGAAGUAGUUAAUCAGGUAUUAAAAAACCCCAAACAAGUAAUUAAUGGUAAAGAAGUUGAUGUUAAAAAAGUCAAAUUCAAUCCUGAAACAAUGACUGCUCCUGGUACAAGAGGUCCUCCAGGUGCUAGAGCUGCAGCUUCUUUUGGUAUGAGGCCACCAACAUACCCUGGUUACAUGGCUCCAGCUGCUGCUGCUCCUUAUGGUGCACCAGCUGAAUAUGGUUACCCAGCUAAUGCAUAUGAUGCUUAUGGUGCAUACGGUGGAUAUGAUUAUUCAGCUAUUGGUUAUGGAGGUGGUUAUUCAGCACAAGCGUAUGGAGGUGGAAAAUAUCGUGAAACUACCUAUCCACGACACGCGCCUUAUUGAAAAUUGGACGCAAGUAUCACGUUUGACGAAUAAUUAUGGCGGACACAUUAAAACUGUGUUGUUAUUAUUCAUUUUUCACCGCAAUUCUGUAUAUUAAAAUAUUUAAUACCGAAAAACAUAAUAUUAUAUGUUAUAUAUAUAUAUAUAAUUAUUAUACAACAGUUUGUUAUAACUUAUAACAAAACAAAAAGCCUAAAUGAACAGGUCAAAUAUUGAGGUCUUAUAAUGAUGUAAAUACAUGCUUAUAUUCUUUUUGUAUAUCAUUUUUUUAUCUUGGUAAUAUUCUUCUUAAUUGUUGAAUUUUUUGAUCUUAAAUCAAAAUGUUAAACUUUCUUCCUAUGACAAUGUUUGUGGUGUUAUCAUGAAUACAUAUUUUACUUCUAAAAGUAUAUGAAAAAAAUGUCAUUGAUCUUACAUUUUUAACACUAUAUCAUUGGUUUCUACUUAAUAUAACACGCCUCUACAAUACAAUGUUUAAUACAUGUUAAUUUUAAAAUCUCGUGAGGUUUUCCACCACAAUUUAAAAAAAUUAUUCUUAACAAAGAGUGUUCAUAUUCAGUUUACCACUUGAGUGUUUGAAGAUAUA